AUGUUAACAAAUCCAGUACUACUUGAAUCUCAGAUGACCCGCAAACGGGUCGUCUCGCGGACCAAAUGGGGUGCCGGUCUGACCGGUAUCGGCGGUAUCCUAACACUGGGAUUGCCAUUGUUUUUGUCGUCAGUCAUCAAAAGCCAGCUCUAUAUGAGCUCAGGCUUUAGUCCGGUGCGUACGGUACUGGAUGGCGAGGUACCGGUGCCCAUCUAUUUGAAAAUCUAUGUGUUUAGCAUACAAAACGAGGAAGACUUUCGCAACGGUGGCAAAGCCAGACUCAAAGAGAUGGGACCUAUUAGACCCCACAUCGACAUAAUGGGUUGGGGCGACAACGAUGAAACAAUGAUACUGUCGCUGACCACCCGUUUCGAGUUUGACCCGAGUCGGUCAUCUGGAUCGCAACGUGACAAAAUCACCAUGGUCAAUUUGCCUAUCUAUUCGAUGGGCGGUUUAGUACGAAAUAUGUUACGCCGAUAUCCGCUAUCAUUUUUUUCGGUACCAAUGGCCGUCGGUUUUCUCAAUCUGAUAACAUUAACGCACGGCGAAGGCCUAAUCAAACGUAUGACUGUCGGCGAGUUUGUCGGUGGCUAUCCGUUCAGUCUAUUGGAAACGGUAGACGUAUUGACCCAACCAUUGAAAUGGAUGGGCGUUGAACUACCUGAUUAUUUGGACGCCCUAAACCAACGUUUCGGUCUCUUACAUUUGGCCAACAAUACGCCGAUAGAGCCGCUAGAGUUUGAAACAGGUAUCGGCAAUACUACACUAUUUAAAUACCGGGGCUUCAAUAACAAAUGGUUUCAAUAUACUAUACAAUUGGUUGACUUUUUCUAUGACCCAAAAUGUCGUGUCUAUAACUCGACCCGCGGUAUGGCUAUACCGGGUCAUGAGUUUGGCCCGGGAACGGAUACAUCGGAUAAGAUCUAUGCGUUUGAGGGUAAUGUAUGCAAAUUAAAAUAUGCCAAAUAUUCUGGGUACGGUAUGUCAUGGGGUGUACCAACGUGGCGGUUUCAGUUGCCCAGGGAAAUGUUUUCGGCUCCCGACACCAACCGAUAUGAUAAAUGUUUUUGCUCGACACCCGACCAGCCCGACCUGUGCGACGGUCUAUUUGAUUUGGGUCCCUGUGCACUGGGCGCACCAGUAGCCCUGACCUAUCCGCACUUUUUGUAUGCCAGCGAUAACAUCAAACGUAACGUCGAUGGCUUGCAUCCCGAUCCCGACAAACACCAGUCCUAUUUGGAUGUUCAUCCCUCGGUAGGCCUACCGAUCAAUGGUGUAAUCCGACUUCAGGUUAACCUAUUGAUGGAACCGUUGACUUUAUUGGCUGGUUUUAGUGGUAUCCGUGAGGCUGUACUGCCAUACAUAUGGAUUGAACAGGAAAUAGACUUACCGGGAUUUUUAGGUGCAUUACCGGCUGCCGGUCUAUAUCCAUUGAUGGCCAUCGAUUAUGGUUCAUAUCUGGCAAUGCUCGGUGGACUGGCACUACUAGGUUAUACCGGUGCCGAUGCUGUACGCAAACGUAAACUGCUAUUCCCGUCGCAGGCAUCACUACAACAACAACAACAAACACCAUCAUCACAACCUCCACGUCCACCACCACCACCACCACAACAAUCACCAAACACUGAAAUCAAGAACCGUUACCCAUUGUCGUCACCGACACAACAACAACCGAAGACCAUUAGUGGACAAUUGGCUCAAAACGGAAAUGGCUUAUCAAACAAUAACAAUGAUUAUAAUCAGCCGCCGGCCUAUUCGCCCAGUGCCCAAAAAUAUCAAAUCAGACGAUCGCAUUUCGGUACGCAAACAUCACCGCUCAACGACCCGCGGCCGCCAUCUCUUUCCGCUGCGGCGGCGGCCACCGCUGCUAAUUCCUAUAGACCCGCAACUGCUGACCGACUGGAAGCUAACUAUACACCUCCCGGUUCCGUAGAUCACAUGGAUAUCAAUAAUAAUAAUAAUAAUAAUAAUUAA